CUCUUGAUUCCUCUGUUCAAGUCGGACUCUGCGCCUGCCUGAAAGAUGUCCUGCUCCAGCCUGUGCGUCCCUUCCUGUGGGGUGGCCGCCCCAUGCCCAGUGGCUGACACCACCAACGAGCCCUGUGUGCGUCAGUGCCAGAGCUCCUCGGUGGUGAUCCAGCCCCCAGCCACGGUGGUCACCUUCCCUGGACCCAUCCUCAGCUCCUUCCCACAGCACAGUGCUGUGGGCUCAGCUGGAGUCCCUGCCAUUGCUGGGGGCUACGGAGGCAGUUAUGGAGGCCAUGGUGGUUAUGGAGGCCUUGGUGGCUAUGGAGGCCUUGGUGGCUAUGGAGGCUUUGGCGGCUAUGGAGGCUUUGGAGGCUGCGGAUAUGGAGGCUGGCGCCGAGGCCGCUCGUACCUCAGUGGCAGCUGUGGGACCUGCUAA